ACAAUUUGUGUUUAAUACAAACCUAUUUCUACCAGGCUACGAUGUCGGACUUUGACUGCUCGGACAAACGCACGUUAUUUUGAUGUAAUGUGUCGCAUUGAGGAUGUUGUGCAAGCUCGCGGCUUGCAGUAUUUUUUGUACAUUUGUCCGGUAAUACAAGCGCAAGAUUGAACGUACGCUGCAAAACAUCGAGGGUGAUUUACUUGAAAGAAGCCGGGAAACAGUUUUCGCCCAGAAGAGUUCUAGUGAAGUUCACAAAAGCUCGAAAGGACUCUAAGCAGCAUGUCCAGACCAAUGGGGGACAGUCACAAGCGCUUCUUGCAGACCAUAAUGAGCAACGGCAUCAUCAGUGCAUCUCAGGCUGUAGCAUUACACAAACACUGCUGUGAGACCCAUGGAGCACAUUAUACAGACAGGUUGGAUGAUUUCAUUAAUGUCAUCAACACCCAACUUCAGCCCCUUUUCAUGCACAUCAGGAAAGGCAUGUCUGAAGAGGAUGGUCUUGAGUAUUACGCCUUGGUAAAUGUGACAGAGACGGACAUAACAAGAAUGACAUCUGAUUACGCAGAUAAUGAACUGGAGUUAUUCAGAAAAACGAUGGAUCUGAUUGUAGACUCUGAGAGCGGCACUGCCUCCUCCACCGAUAUAUUAAAUUCUGCCGACAGCCUACGGACAAAGAAGCUGAAGAAAAAAGAAACGGAGCUUGUCUUGAACAAAUUUGUCCAGGACAAAUGGUUAAAGGAGAAAGAUGGUGAAUACACUCUAAGCGUGCGUUGCAUUGUGGAGAUGGAGCAGUAUAUGCGCACAAUCUACCAAGACCUCAUCAAAGUGUGUCAUGUGUGCCGCAACAUUGCCCUGCAGUGCCAGAUGUGUGAAACCCCAGCCUGUGGAAUCAAGAUGCACCUCCCGUGUGUCGCUCGAUAUUUUCGAGCACGCAGUGAUCCUCGCUGUCCGGCAUGCAGUGAUUUCUGGCCUCACGAGAUUCCAGAAAUGCCGCAUACCCAGUCACAGAGUUCACAAAAUCUGCCUUCAUCAUCCAAAGAGAACACCGCUCCCACGCAGUCACGCCGCUCAAGAAGGCUGUGAUCUCAAAGCCUGCUGAUUCAUCGCUGCAGCUGACCUUUUGACCAUUAAUGAGUUGGUUUUUUUAGUUCAUUCUCUUAGAAGUUUAAAAGUUUUUUUACAUAUAUUUUCUUAAAAAAUAACUGUUGUUUCUCAAAUGCGCAUUAUGUUUGUUGGAAUUCUGAUUUAUGAUCCAAAAAUGAACAUUUUGUAGUUGCUCAGAUAAAAAUACAAAAUAAAAAUUGAGACGCA